AAGCCAUACAGGUGGGUUUGGCAGCAUAUUUUAAUCCAACAGGAACAAAUAUAAUAUACAGUCAAUGAUACUACAAUGAAAUACUGCGAUUUAAAUGAUCAAAUGUCAAGACAUCGGACAGCAGAAUUAGAAGAAGCGUAAAUUUCGCUGUGUAGCACUUCUGCCAGUGGUUACACAAACUUCUCAGCCACCCACGAGACCUUUAUCUGGGAUGGUUUUGAAUCGGCGGAGAAGUUUGUUUUGGUCUGCCCUGUGCUCCUCUUCCAUCAUCGCCAGGUCCUUCAUCGAAUCCCUCAAAAGGUGCUAUGGUUCUCGGAAGGAAGUUUGUUCUUGUAACAAUAUACGCAGAAAACAGAAGAAACGACUUGCGGUAUCUUAUUCCAGCGCAACUAUUCUUGUCCUGCACAUUCUCUGUAGCCCAGGCGGUGGCAGUAAUGCGUCUCUGAGUUGACUCGCCACCGAACGCCCAAGAAGAAGAGUAGGAAGUUUUCAUUGCAGCUCUCCGGUGCCCGGUCUACUCUGGGAUCCGGACUUGCACGGCGCUGAAGAUGUCGGAGCAGGAGUCUCUGAGAGGCUCUAGUGCCAGGAACCGCGGUGGCGUUCAAAGGGUUGAAGGAAAGCUGCGCGCCAGUGUGGAAAAGGGAGACUACUAUGAAGCACAUCAGAUGUACAGAACGCUUUUCUUCAGGUACAUGUCGCAGUCAAAACAUGCUGAGGCAAGGGAGCUGAUGUACAAUGGUGCUCUACUCUUUUUCAGCUACAAUCAGCAAAAUAGUGCUGCAGAUCUGUCCAUGCUGGUGCUUGAAGUGUUGGAGAAAUCAGAGACAACAGUUGAAGAUGAAAUAUUAGAAAGCCUCGCAAAGCUGUUUAGCCAAAUGGAUCAGAACUCUCCCGAAAGGGUAGCGUUUGUGUCACGAGCCUUGAAGUGGUCCACAGGAGGGUCCGGCAAGUUGGGACAUCCAAAACUACACCAGCUCUUGGCAGUCACGUUAUGGAAAGAGCAAAACUACAGUGAGUCACGUUACCAUUUCCUGCAUUCGUCUGAUGGCGAGGGCUGUGCACAGAUGCUGGUGGAGUAUUCGGCAUCAAGAGGCUUUCGUAGUGAAGUCGACAUGUUUGUGGCGCAAGCCGUCCUACAGUUUCUUUGUUUAAAGAAUAAAAGCGGAGCUUCAGUGGUAUUCAGCACGUACACAGAGAAACACCCGUCCAUAGAGAAAGGCCCUCCCUUUGUCCAGCCUCUCCUGAACUUUAUCUGGUUUCUGCUGCUUGCGGUUGAUGGGGGCAAAUUAACCGUUUUCACAGUGUUAUGUGAGCAAUACCAACCCUCCCUGAAGAGGGACCCCAUGUAUAAUGAGUAUCUCGACAGAAUAGGACAACUUUUCUUUGGUGUUCCACCCAAACAGUCUCCAUCGUAUGGCGGGCUGUUCGGGAACCUGCUCAACAGUCUGAUGGGGUCGGGCGAUGAUGACGACACAGCAGAGGAGGUCCAGGAGGACAGCAGCCCCAUUGAGCUGGACUGAACCUGCAGUUGGGGCCGUCGAGAGCAAACUAACAAAAACAAAGGGGAAUACCUGAGAACUUCCCUCUCACAACUGGCAGGUUGAGGUUGAAGGCAACCCCUCCUUUUUGGUGAUCCAUCCCAUCCAAAACAACAUCACAGCUGGGACUGAUGGCACAAAACCGCAACACUUUCUCUUGUCGAAUAAAUGUGAAAUAAUUUUAUUCUAACCAUUACUUUCUUUAGUUUUGGACUCUCUUACGCUAUAACAAGAACACAAUGUCACUGCUACAAGAAAACAAUGGAGUCCAGGCGUGGAAUCCACGUGUGUAUUGUAAUUAAAUGAAUCGAAGAGAGGCUUCCUGUUACCUCACUGAUGUUUGCUUGACACUCACAGCUCAACAUACGUUGGUCUCUUCACUUUUUCUGUUAUAAUUCUUUCAAUUGGUAAAUUAAACGAACUUGUAGUUAAGUUUGACAAUUAAGUUUCCAUUUUCUGUCUGUCCAUGAUGGAAUCUAAUAAUUCUUGGUAAAAACACAAGGCGUCUACCUAGCUGAGUCAUUGUUGGGAGUUUAUCGGAGUUUUAAUUUCAGUGUUUGUCCUUAUUCACGCCAUCCCUCACACGCACAGCAGGUUCAACUACACAAGUGGAAGUGAUGGGAUUUUGGAAAACCCUCAUUCAACGUUAAUAGGACUUGAGUCUAGCCUUGCUUGUGGAGAUGCACAAAGAUAACGAUUCUUGGUUUCAAACCAACUUUAAUUCUGCAGACUUUGCCUUACGUCCAACAAUAACAAUUGCAGCCGUAGCUGCGACAACGAUUCCCUCCAAUCCUUUUUCAAACUAAGCUUCCAAACAUUCACAUACGACCUGCUCCUCUAGCUCAUUUGUAUUAAAAUUCUAAAUCGAUGGGAUGCAGGCGGCACUGUCUGCUGGACAUUCUUCCUCUGCUCCACCCUCACAUGAACAACUCUUAAGUCUUUUCUGCAUCAUCCUGCUCAACUCUGACUGUGACGUUUAUCAACCAAAUACUUCUUUCAACUUACACUGAAAGCAGAACAGACAAUAAAAGCCAAGGACUCAGUGUUUAACAUUGAAGUGUGAAGUUUAUUGUUGAAGUGUAGACAGUUCAGAUCAGUUGUUCAUACUUCAAAAACAUGGCAUCAAACAAGAAAUGCAUGACCAAGGUCCAACGUCUCUCUCCAAACACCUGCCAGCUAAUUGCAUGAGUUCUCUUCUCAUGUUUUGUUUCUGACAGCAAAACAGGAGUGUUUGCCUUUCGACAGAUCCAUUGAUUAAAUAAAUGAUUGACAACAUGACGGAUGCCUCACAAUG